AUGAAGGUUAUUGUAACUGGCGCCACUGGCAGUGCUGGGCGAGCGACUCUCAACCACUGCCUCACCGACAACAGAAUCACAAAGGUCUUUGUCCUGAGCAGACGCGCGCUUCCUGACGAGAUUACAAACAAUUCCAAGGUUGAGAUCAUUCUGCACACAGAUUUCCUUCAGUAUCCGGAUUCACUGAUGGACCAGUUGGCUGGAGCCGAGGUCUGCCUUUGGGCUAUUGGUGGUAGCAUCGAGCAGUUCCACGGAGACAAAGAAAAGUGCCGUCAAGCCAACGUCGAUUUCACGCUGGCUGGGGCGAAAGCUAUGCGAGAGAAGCUAGCGGCCAAUGCACCAAAUGGCAAGUUUCGAUUCAUCUUUUGCAGCGGCAAGUUUGCAGAGUGGAAUCAGGACAAGACACUAUUAUUCAUGAGUGAUUCUCGCAAAAUCAAGGGCUCUGUUGAAAAGAGCCUGGCUGACCUCGCUGACGCGAAUCCCAAUACCUUUGAAACAUGGCUACUACAGCCGAGCGGCUUCUUGGAGAACGAUGCACCUGGUUGGAAGAAGGCCAUUGGCGGAUUGUACGGUGCCAUUCCUGUAUCACAGGUCGGUAAAGCUAUGGUCAAAGUUGGGGUGGAGGGCUGGAAGGACCGCAUUAUUUCGAAUGAUGUGAUGUUGACGAUGUAA